CCUCUGUGUGGCGCGUGCUGACGCGUUUCCACGUCGCAGCUCUGUCUCGCGAGCUCGCUGCGUAUGUAUGCGUGUCUCCAGCUAGGCCAGAGAGUGAUGGCGGCGCCCGUCCUGAGAGUGUCCACCCCUCGGUGGGAAAGAAUAGCCAGGCUUCUAGUUUGCCUGCUGGGCAUACUGCUGUCUCUUUAUGCUUUUCACGUCGAGAGGGAAAAGGCUCGGGAUCCGAGUUAUAAGGCCAUGUGCGACGUCAGCAGCUCCAUCAGCUGUUCAAAAGUGUUCAGCUCAAGGUGGGGUCGAGGAUUCGGACUCCUGGGCUCCAUUUUUGGAAAUGACAGUGCACUGAACCAGCCAAACAGUGUCUACGGGAUUGUCUUUUAUGCUUUUCAGCUCUUACUAGGAAUGACUGUCAGUGCAAUGGCCGCCCUUAUUCUCAUGACGACAUCCAUCUUGUCGGUGGUGGGUUCGCUCUACCUGGGGUACAUCCUCUACUUUGUCCUAAAGGACUUCUGCAUCAUCUGCAUCACCACAUAUGCGCUGAACUUCAUUCUCUUUAUUCUCAACUACAAGCGACUGGUUUACUUGAAUGAGGCCUGGAAGCAGCAGCUCCAGGCCAAGCAGGACUAAAGCUGUUAAGAACGGCAAGAAAAAUACGACAAACAAACAAAAAAAAAAAAAGAAAGAAAAGAAAUGUGACCUCUGAACAUUUGACUUGCCACCAGGAGACCUUGCUUCCAAUGUUUAUUCUGCUGUGUGUUCAAAAAAAAAUGAAGAAAUUUAACUUAAAUGUUGGGCCUGACAUCUCUAUGUUGAUUGCAAACACGGAAGGAUUUAUAAGUGAAAGGUAAUUUUCUUUUCAUUUCUUUUACCUUGUUUAACAUUGUACUCACUUAAGGAAGGGGCUGGAUGUGUGAGUGUGCGUGUGUGUGUGUGUGUGUUUGGGGGGGAAACACAUCAGCCCGAGCAAGCAGAGGCAGAAGGCCACAAUUCAGAACGAUGGAGGACAGCUCUCUUUUGAACAAAAAGGAUCGCAGAAUGGAAGAAAAACAGGACAUUAAAGGGGAUUACUUGAACUGGUUAGAACGGUCCUAUUACUCCACAGCAGACCUGCACUAAAACUAUGAGAAUGGGUCCCAAAAUUAGAAAAAAACACUCGUUAGGUUAUAAUAGUUUGCAGAUAAGGUUCUAUGGCAAGGUGGGGGAGGUGGGGGGAGGGGGCAAAACGAUUAACAUUUAUACAGAAUAGUUUUUUUUUUUCCAUGUUUACACUUUGUAGUAUGUUUCUGUUUGAAGAGGACCACUAAAAAUGAACACGGGACAAUGUGAGAUACUGUGUGUAGAUCAGUCAGAUAGUUUGUUUUGCAAUUCUGUAAAUAGCUGCUGAGCAAUAUUCCAGGCUAGAUUGUGAUUUUAGUGUUGACACAAACCUUUAAGGAAUAUUUAAAAAAAAAACAACAAAAAAAAAAACAACAACAACAACUGACAAAACAGGAGAAAACGUCAGUAAAUCCGGAACAAAAAGUGAUCGAGGUCACAGUUAGGCGGACAAGUCUGAAGAUGCGUUUGCGGUCAGUUCGGGACACCUCACGUCCUGCGAUCCUGGUCAGGCAUGCAGUUCAGAGUUGUGUGGAUUUCUUUGUUGUAAGUGGUUAUUGUUUCAUCUGAAGCCACCGACACAAGUCUUUUAAACAGAACUAGAGGUUCUUUUCACAAAGUUUGCAUAAAGGCACCCUCGCUCUUUUUUUUUUUUUUUUUUUUUUUGUCAAUGUGUGAAAAGCAUUUCUGACCACCAUACAAGUGGGACCCAUAAAGACUUACGUGCCUAAAGGAGUGUUAAGGUGAUUUUUUUUUUUUUUUUU